AAAAAAGUCAUUAAGCACUGAAGAGGCCUACUUAUAAAGAAAAUGAUAUUCUCUAUUGGCUGACUUGACAAUGAAUUUACAAGGAAUUUUGUUCCUAGCGAAUAUGCACACAUCCUGACUAUAUUUCUACAUGACUGUGUGGGGCAACACGCGGAAUGAAGCUGUCAGCAUGUCUUCCAUGGGCAAUGGCACUGCUAUUGAAGAAUUCUUGGUCAACAUUAAUUUGGGACAGUAUCUUCCUAACUUUAAACAAUAUGGCUAUAACAUUGUGACAGAUUGCAUGGGAAUAGAUAACAGUGUGCUUCAGCAAAUGGGAGUGUUGCCUACAGGGCACCGCAGGAGGAUUCUUAAGCAGUUAGACACCGCUUUUUCAAAAAUGCAAGAAAACUGUCUUUUCUCUGAAACUCUAAAAUUCAAAGACUCGAAAGGAUUAGAGGAGAAGCAACGUUCAUCCUCAGAUCAGGAGUCCUCAGUAAGUAAUUUAAAUGUAGAUGGGACUACAAAAACUAGCUUGGUAUCUGCAACAUUGUCAGUACAACCUGCUAAUAAGGCUUACAUUGGUAAAGAAGAGUUUGAACUUACAAAGCAAAACUUGUCAGAGGCAAAAGGUGAUAGCUUUGCAGAUUUAGAAUUUUCUAGUUUAUACCAGAAUUCAGAUAGCAUACUAAAAGCUAUCAAUCUAAGUAGAAGUCUUGAGAUGAACGCUCAGCCGGAUGCAUCACUGGAAGAAGCUGCUGCAUACCAAGCUGAUGAGCACUUGGAUGGUCAUUCAGCAUUUUCUCAUCCUCCUGCUUCGUUUGCUUAUUCAUGUGAGGCAAAAUCCAGUGAAAACAAACAGAUGAUGUUUGCAGAUGAGGACAAUUUAUCUGACUGUGAGCCAAGUUCUCCAUUCUUUCAGUUUAAAGGGGAAAUGAUAGACAAUGACUUAUACGAUUCUUCGGCACAAAGCUGCAUGAAAGUGUUUCCAAGAACAAGCCGGUCUUUUAUUUUAAGGCAUCGACCUGUUCCAGAAAUCCCAGAUUCAAGUAAAGUUGAAACUUUAUCAAGUUCCCUUCAGAAAAGAAGAAAUGUGGAUCUUUUGAAUAUAGCUGGAAGACAGAUUUCCCAGAAGAAAACUUUCACAGAAGAAAAGCCACCCAUCAUCUCUCCAUAUGGAGAAACGUUUUUUUGCAACAAUCCUCAAGAUGCUAAAGAACUUCAUGGAAGUGAAUUCCUGGAUUAUGAAAAUAAAUUGGAUCUAGAAAUGAAUGAAGAACACUCUUCUCACAAGGAUCUACGUUCCCUUAGUAAUCAAGAAGAGAAGACAAAGGACUGUGUGAAAAAUGAAGGUCUGUCUCAGGAGAACAAACCGCUGGUACCAGAAGAACCUGAAGGUGAAUCUGUUUAUUCUAUUGUGGAACAACGUUCUUUGCCUUUAAAGAAAAAGAAAAAGAAAGCCAAACCCCAUUCGUCGUCAUGUAGUAAAAUCCACAGUGGAGAUAUGAACUUCUUGGUCAGUGAACAGAUGCGUUUUUGGACAUUUGAUGGAGAUCCAACUUCGAUUGCAAAUGAGUCAAUAACACCAUAUGCUUGUUUUUAUGGACCAUCAGCAAAGAAGGUUAAAGCAGGAUGGCUGGAUAAAUUAUCCCCUCAAGGCAAAUGUGUGUUUCAGAAACGCUGGGUAAAGUUUGAUGGAGACAGCAUUUCCUAUUACAAUAAUGAAAAGGAAGUGUUCUCUAAAGGAAUAAUACUGCUUUCUGCUAUAUCAACAAUAAAAGUUCAUGGGGAGAAUAAAUUUGAAGUUGUCACAUCCCACAGGACGUUUGUCUUCCGGGUGGAUAAAGAAGAAGAAAGGAAUGACUGGGUUAAUACGAUGCUCAAUGCCUUGAAAUCGCAGUCUGAUAAAAACUCUCAGUCCCGAACUUCUGUUGCCCCUGAGAAGUGUGGAUAUCUUGAACUGAAAGGAUACAAAGCCAAAAUCUUUAUUCUGCUUCAGGGGAAUACAGUGUGGAUCUGCAAAAAUGAACAGGAUUUUAAGACAGGAUUUGGUAUCACUUUAAUCCCUAUGAAUGUGGCAAAUGUGAAACAAGUGGAUCGGACUGCAAAGCAAUCUUUUGAAAUAAUUACUCCCUAUAAAAGCUUUAGCUUUACAGCAGAGUCGGAAAGAGAGAAACAAGACUGGAUUGAAGCACUGCAGCAAUCAAUAGCAGAAACUCUGUCUGAUUAUGAAGUAGCUGAGAAGAUUUGGUUCAAUGAGUCAAACAGGAGUUGUGCUGACUGUAAAGCUCCCAAUCCUGACUGGGCAUCCAUCAAUCUCUGUGUUGUCAUUUGUAAGAAGUGUGCAGGACAGCACAGAUCUCUAGGACCAAGAGAUUCAAAGGUCCGGAGCCUAAAAAUGGAUGCCAGUGUUUGGAGCAAUGAACUUAUUGAGAUCUUUAUCAUCAUUGGAAAUAAAAGGGCAAACAGUUUUUGGGCAGGAAAUCUUCCUGCAGAUGAAGAACUGCACGUGGAUGCCCCUGCAGAAAAAAGGAUAGCGUUCAUUACACAAAAAUACAAGGAGGGAAAAUUUAGGAAAGUGCCUUUUCUCUACAGAACCAAAGAACAGUUGAAUAAGGCCCUGUGUGCUGCAGUAGUUAAACAAGAUGUGCUGGAAACUCUGAUGCUGCUGUAUAGUGGGGCUGAUGUUAUGUGUGCCACUGGAGAUCCUGUUUACAGUACUCCAUACUUACUAGCGAAGAAAGCUGGACAAAGACUGCAAAUGGAAUUCCUCUACCAUAAUAAGUUCUCAGAUUUUCCAAACUAUGAUACUUGUUUUGAAAGUGGCUUCUCUCAAGAUCCUACACGUUCCACCUUUCUUUGUGAAUUUUUAUACAAAGUUUCUUCUAAUACUGCUAAGCUUCUUACAGAGAAGAAAUUAAAAGAAGAUUGCAACAGAAGAUGGUGCACUUUAGAAAGUGGCUUUCUAAGCUACUAUGAAAAUGAUAAAGCUACCGCUCCUAAUGGAAUGAUUGACAUCAGUGAAGUUACCUGUCUUGUAGUGCACAACUCAGGCUUCUUUUUAAGUAGAGGGGACAUCUUUACCUUUGAAAUCUACUUAAUAUCAGAACGUGUUUUUCUGUUUGGAGCUGAAACUGCAUAUUCACAAAGAAAAUGGACUUGGGCAAUAGCUAAGCAUUUUGUUCCCCCUGUGGCUGGAUGUCUAUUGGAGAGGGACUGUGAUCUGAUUGGGCAGCUGUACUACAAGGACUGCCAUAACCUGGACCAGUGGCGAAAGGGCUGGUUUGCUCUAGACAAGUCAAGCCUGCAUUUUUGUCUUGAAAUGGAGAAUGCUCAAGAAGAUUCGAUAUAUUUAAGGAGGCUGCAAGAACUAACAAUCAGCAGUGUGACGCAAAAUGGAGAAAAAAUAGAUGUCCUGCUGCUUGUUGAAAAAGGAAGAACAUUGUACAUCCAUGGUCAUACGAAGUUGGAUUUCAUGGUCUGGUAUACCGCAAUUGAAAAAGCAGCAGGUACAGAUGGUAAUGCAUUACAAGAUCAGCAGCUCAGCAAAAAUGAUGUUCCUAUUAUAGUAAACAGCUGUAUAGCAUUUGUUACACAGUAUGGUCUAGGUAGCAAAGAGAUCUAUCUCAAGAGUGGCAAUUCUUCCAAAGUGGCUGAACUGCUAGAAAGCUUCAAAAAAGAUGCAAGAAGUGUUAAACUAAGAGCUGGAAAACAUCAGCUUGAAGAUGUGACUGAUGUACUGAAAAAUUUUCUUUCUCAAAUAGAUGAUGCACUUCUCACUAAAGAACUCUAUCCAUUCUGGAUCUCUGCGUUAGACGCACAGGAUGAAAAGGAACGUGUGAGGAAGUAUGGAGCUUUUAUUCGGACACUUCCAUCGGUCAAUAGAGCAACUUUGGCUGCUUUAAUUGAACACCUUUACAGGGUGCAGAAAUGUUCUGAAAUCAAUCAUAUGAACCCUCACAAUCUAGCCAUGGCGUUUUCCUCAUGCUUAUUUCAGACUAAAGGCCAGACUAGUGAAGAAGUCAAUGUAAUUGAAGAUCUAAUUAAAAAUUAUGUACAACUUUUUGAUAUUAAUGAAGACCAGGUCAAACAAAUGGAUAUUGAGAACAGCUUUAUUACCAGGUGGAAAGACACUCAGGUUUCCCAGGCAGGAGAUUUGCUUAUUGAAGUUUACGUGGAAAGGAAAGAGCCAGACUGCAGUAUUAUAAUCAGGAUAUCACCUUUGAUGGAAGCAGAAGAAUUAACUAAUGAUGUUUUAGGAAUCAAAAACAUCACUCCCAACAAAGAUGAUCUCUGGGCUGCUUUUGAAGUACUUGAAAAUGGAGAACUAGAACGUCCUCUGCAUUAUACCGAGAACGUGCUAGAACAGGUUCUUCACUGGAGUUCACUCCCUGAGCCUGGCACCGCGUAUCUGAUAAUAAAGCGAUUCCUUACAGCAGACAUGAUAAAACUCUACACUGAGAAAAACAUGAAAGGUAGUAUGAAAGCAGGUUAUCUGAAGUACAAAGAAGAACCCUCAAAGCUACUAUCUGGAAACAAAUUUCAAGAACGAUAUUUUGUAUUACAGGAAGGAAACUUGCUUCUUUACAAGGAUAUGAAGGCUAGCAAACCCGAGAAGGUGUUGCCUGUCAAUUCCUUGAAGCUGUAUCUUGGAGUGAAAAAGAAAAUGAAGCCUCCAACAAACUGGGGUCUUGCAAUAUUUUCUGAAAAGCACCAGUGGCAUAUAUGUUGUGAUGGACAAGAUGCACAGAUGGAGUGGCUGAUCAGUAUUUUUACUGCACAGUAUGCAGAUAUAUGGCCACCUGCUGGAAAAGCAAGAAAACAGUCUAUAACUAAAAGUCCAAAGAUCGGAGGUUUACCGCUAAUUCCCAUUCAACAGGGGAAGAACACUUCUAAAAUUGGAAGGAGUACAGAGAAUAUAGAAUUGGAAUCUGAAAAACCAAGACUCGAUGAGCCUCAUGAGGAUGACUUACUGGAAGAAAGAAAAAACUUGAAUGAAAAAGCAUCUAUCGUGGCACAGUGUUUAGAACACAAGGAGGAUCAAGUGCGAAAUCAAGCAAAAAAAAAUCGGAGCCUGAUCUGUGUUGAGGACAUAGGCGUAGGUAGGACUGACCAACGCCAAAGACCCCAUAAAGAAGCAAAGGCGCUAAAGAAAAAUAAGAACAAAACAAACAAGACUACUUUGGAUUUGGAUAACAAAUUGCCAUCAAAUGUGAUUCAGGAAUUAAAUACAGUGCUGCAGAAAAACAGAGCACUUCAUGAUGAAACCUCCAGCUGAUUUCUUAGGUUUUAAAAAAUAAUUUUAUAUAUAUAUUUAUAUAUACACACACAGGCAAAAAGUAGUCUUUUGCAAUGUGUACAGUUUGUACAGUGCAGAGGAAGUAUAAUUUGUUUACAUGUAGCUGUUGAUUUUGUAUAUGCUUAUGCCACGUUAUAUUAUAAUUUAAGGUUGAACUAAGAGAACUGAUUGUGUAGAAGCCCUGAAAUUUGGAAGUUUUUGCUGUUCUGUGCAAUGGCAGCAGGGUUUUGUCCAUCAUUCUUUAAAGGAGAUUUUAAGUUAGAUAUAAAAGACUUGUAAGCACUAGUAAAAGCUUUUGCUCUGUUUGUGUUCCAUACCAUCUUAUUAGCACUGGAGAAAUAUUUUUGGAAGGAAGGAGGGAGAGAGACUGAAAUUCAUAGCAUUGGUCUGCAACACUUCAAUUGCCUAACACUAUAUAAAAAUAAGUAGCUUAUCUGCUUCGAAGAGUAAUUUUUACUUGUAAUUUGUCUGUAUUUAGGAAUAAAAUGAGUGUCUUUUUCCAUACAGUUGUCCUCUGACAGAUUGGCCUGUGAAGAAUCGAAAAUGGGAGGGAUGUAGUAGCUGAGACAAUGUACUAGUUUUUCUUUCUCAGAAUUGUGUCUAUAUGGUGUAUAUAUGCUUAUGGCAUCUUAAAUAAUGAAAAAAAUACUGAAGGGGGUAAAAAUAAGUUUUCCAAGCAACUUCAUUUAAUUUAAUGCAUCUGUGCAUUUGAAGGGUAGCAUCAUCUCUUUGCUCAACAGACUGAAGUAAUUUUAUAAGUAGGAACUGGGUAGCUGAGGGUCAGGAAGGCAGACUUUUCCAUCAGUAGGUCAAUGUUUGGAUGUGGCUUCCUUGGUGCUAACAAAGUUGCUGCUCUCUGAUGAAUAUUUAAUAGUCACAUGAGAAAUAAAUUUCCUCAGGAAAAAUGGUCCCCACACAAAUUCAUCCAUCAAAAGGGCACUAAUUCACUUAGUUAAGAAGUGCCAGUUACUAAGUGUGUGAGGAGAUUAACCUCUCCUUUUAUCAAUAAGGCAAGGUUGAACAAUAUGUUGCUCACAGGGACUAUGAAAUGCUUAUGUCACUGCUCUGAUUCUUUGGAGUGUAAAGAGAGGUCGCAAGGGCGAGACAACAGCCUUCGAUUACCUCAUGGUUGCGCUCUCCGGGUACGUAGGUGAGCAGUUCCAGCAAGCACGUGAUGUGCUACCCUGCAGCUACUUGCUUGGGUUUUUAAGCUAAGAGUUCCUUAAAUUUAAAGACGAGAAUCUGUCACUUAAACAAAAACAAACAAAAAAAGGCUAUGUGAGCAAUGAAAUUAAGCUUGGUUUACUUCGGUUGUUUUGUGAAUCUCGCCUUUAGUUGUCCCAUGCGAUUUCCUCCUUCCUCUCUCGCAGCUUAUCCCAUUUUUUUUUUUUCACUUUAUGCCAUAACAGCGGGAUAGGCGAAAGGCAGCGCUGUGCUGGGCUCUUCCCAAGCGAGGCGAGCGCGCUCUGGUUAGACAGCAGGACUGGCAGGACAGAGAGAUACUGCUAUUCAUGCUUCUGCUGAGGAAAUAUGGCAGGGUGAGCUCAGUAUCGGCUUUGUUUUGCCGCUGUUCCUUUUGCGGUCUGAUUAGCUUCUCUGCUUUGCCGUUGAUUUUCACUGACUGUUUAAGAGCUUACUAACACCUCUAGUCAGCUGUCAAAUUUGACUGAAAUUGUCCAAACCCGUUAGGGUAGAACAAAAAAUUCAUCUCGUUUCCUUGGAAAUGAUUUUAAAUAGUCCUUAAUAUUUCAGAGGAAAAAUUCAAUUUAAUCAAUGUCAAUGACAUUUGAUUUUAUUAAGCGAUAUUUUUGAAAAUGCUUUAUAUUGCCACUGAAUUUCUUCCCAUAUAGAAGCAGUAUUCUCACUCAUCCCCGCUCCUGUUUCUGGUAGUCACAGAUGCCGUAGCACUUCUCACAUCAGUUACUUCCAUUCUUGGUUGCACUGAGCAGCUUAAUUGGGAAAAAGUUUGUUUGGUUGAAGAAAUUGCACAGAUUACUCAAAUAAUGUAUCUGGCAACUUUGCUAGGAUGUAGAGGGAAAGCGAGAGCAAAAGCAAAAUCUUUACAGUGUUUCAGAUUUAUUCUUCUGGAAUGUAGCACUGGCAAAGUAAGUUUAGUCUUUCACACUUUGCACUUGUCACAUUUGACCAGUUGUGAAAUCUGAAACAAGUCUGUACAUUUUUAUUUUCCCAUUGCACUAUUGAUUAUUUUGUUACUCUUAAUUUGUAAUUGAGCCUCUUCUAAUCAUUGAGGCCCUGGCUCAAGAAGGGAUAUAAGCCUGAAUUUAAAUUGUAUUGACUGAAGCUAGCGCUUAAUGUUAAUAAGUGCAUUCUUAAAUGCUGGAUUGAAUCAGGGCCUAAUGCCGUUGGGAGAAGUUGCUUUACUUCCUGUCUGAGGCUGGACCUGAAUAUACUGUUUACACUCACACAUUUAUUUGCAAAUAUUUUUUUUUUGUAUUGAGUCAUGGUUGCUGUAUCUUUUUAUUGGCUUGUUAAAAAUGGCAUUCACCUCACUGCUGAAAGCCUCCUGCAUCAUUUAAGCCCUACACAAAUGGAAUAAAUGGAGCAAUGGAAGGGUUUUGUGCAUCGGAGUGAGUAUGCCAAUGUAGAAAAUGUUUUGUGUAUUUGUCCUGGACCUACGGGCUGCAAAAAAACUUAUUCUAUUUCAAAAGCAGAUCACAUAUACAAUAUCUCUAUGGCUGCUGUUAAAGGGCCCUAAAAUCAAGGGGAAAAGAUGUUUACUGAAACAUGUUUAAAUGAUUACUUUUCAAUUACAGUUACACUAUCUUUAAAGCUGUUGAAUCCUCAGUGCAAAUACUGUGUUAACAUUUUCUACAUGCACUUGGUUUUGUAUAUGGAUAUGCAUACACACAUUAUAUAUAUUUGUGUGAUAUUCAGUUAUGUGCAGGUACACAGAGAUGCAGUGAAUGAUGACAGUGUUAACUUGCAGAAAGCUUCUAUGGGAAAUUUGAAAUUUGUAAUGAAUCAUUUUGAAUAGGAAUCAGAGAUUUGCACCAAUUACCUGAUAUAUCAUUGUUGCACUACACAUUUCAGACUGAUUUAAGACCUGAAUAUUAAACGUGUUGUUUGUUGCAGUACCUUAAAGGCUGCAGAUUUUUUAUUGGUCCUGUACCAUGCUGUGGAAUGGUAAAGGAAGUGUAAUUUUCAGAGAAUAAGUGGUAAUUCUUUGAAUAAAUGCUAUUACUCUAAACUAGAGGAUGGCAUUUCUUCAGA